CGCAAGGUUCAGCCAAUCAGAGCCAUUUAGAUUGAAUUUAAAUUUGUAACUGAAGUUGCUUAUGUUCGUUUGAAGACGCAGUUGCGUGUAUUUGCACUCUUUUUCUUCUUAACCAAAAGUUUACUGCAGGUAAAUCACCAUGGAGUCCCAAUUUUCUUACUUGAGACACCGGGACAGCAGUGUGGAUAUGCUGCGGAUCAAAAUGUCCCGGAGGAUCAGUCAGAACCAGAAAGAGAAUCGAGAGCGGGCAAUGGAUGCACGAAGACAGCUGGACAAUCUCCAGGAACAGGAACAGGAAAUGGAUGCCUCUUCUGUGUCAAUCACAUCAUCGACAAUGAAAGACUUAACAAAUGUCCAGAAAAAGUCUGCAAAAGACAAGGCCGCAGAAGAGAAACGGAAUCAGCUUGCACGCUGGAAAGAAAGGAAAGCUCUUGAGAAAGAGAAGCAAAAGCGAGAGCGGGAACGAAAAGGGGUGUUUAAGACUGGCCUCUAUCAUCCCAAAGACACCGUUUUCUCUUUGAUUCCAAAAUCGGAGGCCUCAACCAAAGCAAAAGAGACCACAACAAACACAGCUCUGUCACAGAGCAGCAGAGUCACCCGUUCAAAGACACGACAGCAACAGCAGCAAUCGCAAAAGCCUUCGAAGACGCCCAGUUCAAAUAUGGCAGCAAAGAAAGAUCCAACUGCUGCUCAGAGACCAACCAGGGGACAACCAGUCAUUACAGCGGUUAAAAAAAACGAAGUUCGUGCAGGACCCUCUACCAGGGCAGCCAACAAGGCUGUUCAAGCAGCUCCUGCAGCAAAAAAACAACCUAAGAACACCAUUCCAGAUCAGGGAAACACACAGACACUAGCCGUUCUCCCUUUGCCCCGAGCCACUGCAAACCAAAAGAACUGCACAGGUACGGAAUUGUGGACUCGUUUGGUCUCCUUAUCUAAUGAGACUCGUCUUUUUUUUGUAGAUGACGGCGAGUUGGAUGUCCAUCCUCUUGUGUCGAAGCUGCCAGAGUUAAAUGUGGCGGACCAUCUGGAGUCGGAGGACGAACCUCACGAGGGCGACACUUGUAGUUCUGAGGAGAAUCCCGUGCCGUCCUCGUUCGCUCCCGAGGGCUUUGUGUUCCAAGCGCCCGCCGGCUUGGAAAACUUCACUUUUGUCCCGCUCACGCCUUCCUCGGCAAAUCGUUUUUUUGAACCGAGGCCGAUGCCGCAGUACUUGACGCGCUCGCGCGUCAGCCUCUGCGAUGUCGCUGUAUUUCGAGAUGCGUGUCUUGCUGAACCAAGUCAAUCCUCUCCCCCAAAAUCUCCUCACCGCACUCCUCCUCCUCUCCCGGUGACUUUGGCCGGUCUCCUCGACUCAAAACACGAUGUGGCGUAUUUCAGGUCACAGAUGGACAACGAGACAGACAGACUGACAUCGCUGUGUGAUCAGUGGAAGACCAAAGCUGAAGAUGAGUCCAUCCCUGAAGAAGUGAGAGGCCACAUCCGUACAGCAGUGGGCCAGGCCAGACUGCUCAUGAAAGAGCGCUUCAACCAGUUUAGCAAACUGGUGGAUGACUGCGAGCUGCACCGAGGAGAGAAAAUCACCACCUGCAGCGACUUAGAAGGGUUUUGGGACAUGAUUUACUUCCAGAUCGAAGAUGUUAACAAGAAGUUUGAUGCCCUCCAAGGAGGAGAGGCGCGAGGCUGGGUGGAAGAACACAAGCCACCGCCACCACGGCAGAGGAAAACAGUCAAGGUGACAAAAUUGAAGCUCUUCUUCGUGGCACCUGUGUUCCACAUUGUUGCACAGUAUGACAAAUGUUUGUCACAACAGAAACCAGCCGCAGCACCUGCCAAGCCAACAUCAACCAAAGCAGGAGCCAAGUCGGGCCUAGCAGCUGUGAAAGCGGCCAUGAGAGCCCAAAAGAAGGCGGCCGAGGCCGCAAAGGCUGCCGGUGGCGCCACUGAUGCCGAGUCACGCCCGUCCUCUCAAGGAGCACAAAGCCGCUCUGACACUGUGGUCUUUGAUGGAGGCUUUUUCCGUGUGGAGAGCCCAGCUAAGACUCAGAACUGCGUGAGGCGAUCCAGCCGUCUGAGCGCCGCCGCCGCGUCUUUGCGCCUUUGCACGCCUCCAACAACUCCAAGAAGAGUCACUCGUCAAUCCCUCGCAUCGGGACUAACGGCCGCCACUCCGGUUCAGCACGAGCGCGCUCUCACUCCCCUCCGUCGUGUCGCCAACACGAGCUUCAGAAAUUCACCGGAGCCGCUGCCAGUCACCCAUCAGCCAUCCCAAAGAGUAAAAAAAUCCACCCGCUUCUCCUUUCUUGCGGGCAUACCUGCAUCUGCGCCUCUGACUUCGCAGGAAGACGUUUUGCUCGAUGGCAUAAAAGAAAAUGCACAGCCACCACAGGCGGAGACAAAUCAGGAGACACUGCUACUUUUUACACCCAACACGGGCAGCAAGAUACGCCAGUCAACAUGUCCCAAUGACCUAAUUUACUUCACUCCGCUACUGUAAUAUAUUUAUCUAAUGUCUUUUGUAACUCUGUUUAAGGGAACCCCAAAAAAAAUCGUUUGAUUUUGGAAGUUUUGUAACUUGUUUUAUUUACCGUAAAUAAAGUUCUAUUGAGG